AUGGCCAUGUCCUGCCUUGGCCCCGUGGGGAGUCGAGCGCCUGGGAUGGCCAUGUUUGAUCAAGGUGUGGUGCUGAGCGGCGUGCACCAAGGCAAGCAAGGUUAUUACCCGGGGAUCUCAGGAACAGCCGCUGACCGCUACUGUAACAGCGGGGCGCCCGGCCCGGACCCGGGGGUCUCGUACCGAUCCUGGGAAGCUCCAUCUUCCCACCCUCCCCGGCGCGAGAGGAUCGAUGACGGCCACGAGAGCGGGUGGCACAACGGCGUUGAUGGAACGAUGGGGAUCGAGGGGUUGGGAUGGCACAAGCACCCACCAGCGCACACCGUCAUGGAGCCGCAGAUGGCGUCGCACGGAAUGCGUGCAGCCCCAAAACCGAACCGACUGGACGACAAUGGCCGACGCCGUUUGGGCGGGGAAGCCGUUCUGCUGCACAGCGAUCGCCGUGCGUCCAACAUGAUGCUAGGGCCAUUGCACGGACGCCUGUUGGUCCCCAUCCACGGCCCCGACACCGGUCUGGCAAGCCCUACCCUCCUGAACGCACACUCUAGUCGACAGCCAUCGCAGUGCAUCGUGUGCUGCCGCCGCCGCUGUCCCGGCCUCUCAGGUGUGCUUGACGGCUCCGGCGUGACCAACCUGGCGUGCGUGUUUCUCAGAUCGCCUCGAGCUGCCUCGCGUGGACUCACGCCGCGUCGCGUUGGCACCAACCCACACCAGCAGUUGCUCGCAAUGGAAUCAAGGUUACCGAGGAGGAUGGCUUCGUUCAGCCGCCCUUCGUCACAUGUGUUGGCCUGGUCCGAGAAAAACACCACAGAAAUGGAUCGUGAGCCGAAACCCAAAGAUCCCGAGGCAACAUUUCCACCUCGGAGGCAGCUUCCGGAGGACGGUGGCGGCACCAGGCGCAAAUUCAACACCCGCCAAACCAAGCACUCCCAGAAGCCACCUCCCCUCGACCGCGGCUACGCCGACGCCCCGCUCGAGAAGACGAGGAGCAGCGAGACGGUGGAGAGCUACGACAUGCUGGAUGACGACUUUGUCGACGAGCUCCGCCAGGGCUGGGAUGAUCUGGGCGACAGGUCGGCCCUGAGCAGGGACGAGGAGUCGGCUCGGCGGGCCUCGUCGCAGGCGCUGCUCGCCCGGGAGGGCUUCGUGGUCUCGACGUACAGCCUGGCCAGAGAGUUCUUCAUGCGUCUGGUUGGGGGCGGCGGAGUGGGUGUCCUCGCGCCACGAUACGGGGCAACAUCAUACUCGAGGAGGGGGUAG